CAGUGCAAUCAAAUAAAGGCCAGAUGCUUCUCCCUCAGUCGUCUCCAGGCGACCACAUCCGCACUGCCUCGAUUUCUCUAGCAACGCUGCAAUGUCUCAGGCAGUUGACCCGUCUCAUUAUCGCGCCGACGUGUCUGAAGGUGCUUGUACUGAAACCGAGUUUGCCACAUUCGCUGCGGGGUGUUUUUGGGGCGUCCAGCACAUAUUUUUGGAAGAAUAUCCACCGUCGCAGAACAAGGGUAUCCUCAAGACGAGCGUCGGAUACACCGGUGGACUGGAAAGUGCUCAGAACCCAACAUACAAAGAAGUGUGCACUGGGACAACCAAUCAUGCCGAGGCCUUGAGAAUCGAAUUCGACCCUUCCAUAAUCCAGUAUGCAGAACUCGUCGAGUUUUUCUACUGCACGCACAACCCGACCUCGCUGAACAAGCAAGGCAUUAAUACGGGCACUCAGUACCGUUCCACAAUCUUCGCACAUUCACCUGAACAGAGGAAGGUAGCGGAGGACGUCACGCGAAAGGUCCAAGAGGAGCAUUUCAAGGACCAAACCAUCGUGACACUAAUUGAAGAAGCUGGGCCGUGGUAUGAUGCUGAAGAAUAUCAUCAGCUGUAUCUGUUCAAGGAACCGAGCGGGUACCAUUGCUCGACACAUAUAAAGCACUGGGAGAUGAAUGGGACCGCAAACACCGCAUAAAUGAACAUUGAGAUAUUGAUGAAUGUAGUACAUACAGUAAGAACAAACUGAAGUUCAACUGAAGUUACUGAACCCCACAAUCAAGCUUAGCCGCCAUCAGAGUUGUAAAAGCCCGUCCCUUUACAAAUGUAACAAGGAGAGUGGUGCCGAACGGGCGAUGUCAAUGCGAACCCUGCAUGGGGUCCGACUCAACUCUUUGCACCGUCAUUUCUCAUCAUUGGCGUUUUUGAUUGUG